UUAACCCCUUGUGCUUUGGGAGUAGAGGGGAAGGCUGGUCAUGGUCCACUGCUCGCUAUUUGGGGGCUAGGGGGAGACUCGUCAGCCCCUUGCACUUUGGGAGCAUGGGGCGGGGGGGGGGGAGGCUGGUUGUCCCCUUGCGCUUUGGGUGUGUGUGGUAUGGGAGGCGAGUCGGCCCUUUGGGGGUGUGUGGUGGGGGAGGCCGGUCGGCCCCUAGCGCUGUUUCCUGAAAGAUUCUCCAAUAUUGAGAGCGGGGAGGGGCGACACCCCGCUGCCCCGGGAGAGCUUUCCCGCCCUUUCCUUGAGGUGGGUGACCGUUCGGCCCAACAGGUGGAAGGGGCGCGCGAAAACCAUCCCCUCAGCCCUUAGCGCGCGCGCGGGCGCCUCUCUCCGGGUUUCCGGCCCCCCCGGCGGAGAGUACGCAGGCGGGCGGGGGCGGGGUCUGGCCGAGCCUCGCCCGCGCCUUGGUAACGGGACGUGGGAGGUGUAAACAAAGGGGAGACCCCGCCCACUCCUGGGAGGAGGCCACGCCCGCUGGCCGCCUCGCCUGGCCCCGGCGGGGAGCGCGAGCCGGCCCCGGGUCCGGCCAGCCGUGCUGCCACGCGCUCCGGGCUGCAGCCCGUGCAGGAGAGGCGGUGUGUUUGCACGCGCGCCGGGGGGCGUGUUCCCUGGCCGCGGGGGUUGCAGCCCUGCGCCCGGGCAGGCGUGCACCAUCGCUCCCAGCGCACGGGUUGGUAAUCGGGCUGUUCAACGGUGCGGUGUUCCUGGGGUUACGAGGCUACGUGGCUGGUUUGGGGCUUGGGUGUAAGGUGGCUGUAACGUCCCCUGUGCGGCUCUGGGAUUGUGAGGGGCGCUCCCGGCUGGGGGACGAGUGCGAGGCCUGGCAAGACAGCCCUGCAGGCUGUCCUCAACUCGCCUUUCUGCAAGGAGAAAAUAAAUCACAGAAGUGUAGGGCUGGAAGGGUCCUCAAGAGGGCAUCUAGUCCUCGUCCCCGCUGAGCUGAGGCAAGAUUCAGUACACCUCGACCACCCCUACCUGGGCUUAAAAUCCUCUAGGGAUCACCUGUUCCAGUGCUGCUCAACUUCCUUGGACAGGACGGUGCAGUGCUGAUCACGUGUGAGAAAGUUUCCUCGGCGAUCGACUUCUCCUGUUUCUUCUUCCCCUGCUUUGCAGCAGUGGAGUUGCAGUGAGAUACUGUGGUGAUAGGAGCUUGAGAAAUACCUGAGAGAGAAUGUUUCCUUCCCUCUCCAAUCAAAAAUGCAAUUAUUAUAAACUGUAGUAAUUUAACAGAACUAUUGCACAUCUACCAACACUAGGUUCUUUCCCAGUUUGCUAUCUGUGUAACACAGUGAGCUGCAAUUUAGGUCUCUUCCCUCACCCUCUUUCUUAACUCAUUGCACUUCUGAUAUUCAGAUGGUCUCUUACAAAACAGGAGAACUCCUGUCUCAGAGCAAAGCUGGAAAUCUUUAGCAGACUAUGGAGUCAUGAACAACUGGUGUAGAUGAUUCAACAGAUCUGUUCUUGCCAUUUACAAUUAAAACAGUUCUAGCCUACUGUAGUUAUCUGUACAAGAUAGAAGUUUUUUUUCGGUGGAGCUCAUUUUAUUACCUGUUCCAUUUCCUUUUUGUAAAUGGCCAUAGGGAUGAGGGGGAAUAGAGAGCAAUACUGUGAUAUCUGCAUAGCAUGUAACCCUUUGCAUGAUUUGUAUAUUGCAGGGUCUAUCUUCAGGGCUUCAUGCUGAGUCCAUCAGUUCAGGUCAAUAAAAGGACUUACCAUGGCAGGUAAAGGUGGCAAAUCCACACGCAGCAAAUCCAAAGGCUCCAGGAAGAAAACAAAGAAGCCAGUGAGCGAAGUGGAUAUCCUUAGCCCAGCUGCCAUGCUCAAUGCCUACUACAUUUCUCACAAUGCUGCUGCCUGCCUGGAGUUCCGUGGCUUUAACUGGCCUGACUCCCCCAAAAAGAAAGGGAAGAAAGGAAAGUAGUAAUCAGAUGGAUGGAAGGCAAGGGACCCAUGAUACAUCAAGCUUCACCAUGAAAAGGAUUGAAAGCAAACUGAUCACUCAGGUUUUUAACUCUUAAGGUUUGCCAUAAUCACUGUGAAGGCCAGUACUUAAGAAACUCUUGUUAUGAUUCGAACUGAGGAUAGUAAAUGUUAAUUUAAGAUGCUUACUGUGCCAGUGUAAUACUAACCAUGGCCGUUUGCCUGCUAAUUCUGGCAGCAAAUAAAACAUUGCACCUCUGUGAGCAAUUCUAAUGAUGUGUGUGGGGGGGGAGGGAUUCGUUUUGUACUCGUAGCUCCUGCUGCUACUCCUGCUCCUAGAAAUCUAAUGUAGUCCCUGAAAGCCAGUGCACACCAAAGCUGGUGUGUCUGCCAUUGCUUAAACCAAGGGUUGCCAAAGUGCAGUCUCAUAAAAUGCAGCCCAUGGAGACUUCAUGGCCCAGCAUGCAGUGAUCUCUCUCAAUCCGAGCAUCCUGGCUGAAAGCCACAACCUUUGUGUUAAAGAUUAGAGUGGCUACAAGCAGCUCCAUUUUAUACAGAUUAAAUGCAACUCUUAGGUGCCUGGCAAACUGCUAACCCGUCACCUGUUGAGCAAAGUUUGUGUGCCCAUGGCACAUAUUUAUCACAGGGCUGGUUCAAGCACAUUUUAUCCCAUCCACUCCCACCUACAAGACCCAGGAUUUGGUAUGAAAUGUUUUUCUUCACUAUCCCACAUUCUUAUGCAUUGCCAGCUCGGAGGUUUGGGCCAAUAGGGAAUGUGUCAAGAACUGAUGUAUGUGGUGGGGGAAGUUAGGGGAUGUUUGGAUAGAAGUGUCCUCCUUAAAAAGGAGGAGAGGAGAAUCUGCAAUGAGCCAGGGCUACAAUAAAAGAGGGAGACAUCCUGAUUCCCUAGGAUGCUCAGGUUAUUGCCAGCAUGAAAGCUUGUGCUCCACCCCAUCUGGCAUAACAUGAGCAGGAAACUUUCAGCCAGUCUCUGCCUGGGUUAUGGCCCCUUUGGUUGCAGGUUUGGCAUCAUUGUUUGAACAGCCCCUGAAGCAUUGGACUGAAAGCAAUUUCUGCCUGUCUUUGAAGCAAGGAAGAAUUGGACACCUUUCUGAGUUCUAGGUAAAGUGUGUUACGGACUUUGGAAGAGCAACUUAGAACCAAUAAUAAUUUGACCCAUCUUAGUAUUAAAUGCCUGGUAGGCCCUGCAAGAUGGAGAUUUCAUAAAAACAUAAGAAUGGCUCUACGCACAGGUCUCAUUUGGGGAGUUCACAGCUCUGUGGCUCUGCUUAGAGGGCCAAAUACUUCCAUCCUUUACACUAGUGCAAACCUGCUACUCUAGUGGUGUUGCACAGAUAUAACUGACCUUGACCUGUCUGCUAUACUGCCCAGCAUGCAACCCUCCCACCCCCAGUGGCAGGUUCUCACCAUAGAAUCACAUUCUACCGCCAUCAUCCAGCAGGGAGUCUCUGGUCCCACCAUACAGCUGUGACUCUUCUUUCCCCUCCAUACUGUGGCUCCAAAGAGAGAGGGCAAAGUUCUGCCCUAUAUGCACAGUGCAUCCCAAGCUACACCAGAGCUUGAACCAGUUUUUGGAUGAUUUCUCAGACAGGUGUAC